AGUCAGUGGUUGCAUGACGUAUACGUUUUUGUCACGUGAUUUCACGUCAUAGGUCAGAGGGGAAUUUGAAGGACGCAACAUGGCGGCGCCAGCUAAGAAAGUUUUCGAGGUCUUCGUGUCUAAAAUACCUUGGACCGUAGCCAGCAAGGAGAUGAGAGAGUACUUUGGGCAGUUUGGCUCAGUGAAGAAGUGCCUUCUACCAUUUGAUAAAGAAACAGGCUUCCACAGAGGCUUCUGCUGGGUUGGAUUCUCGACAGAGGAGGGACUGAACAAUGCAAUUGAGAAAGACCCACAUAUUCUGGAGGGAGCCAAGCUCCAGGUUCAGAGGAACAGACGACCAUUUGCAGGGCAGAAAUCAAACAAAGGCAGUGAACUUGAAUGAAGCUCUCUGGUGUUACUGCGUCAAAGAGACAAAGACGUGUUAUUGUUUUUCUCUGUUUUCAAAAACUGUACAAUUCUAUUCAGGCACUAAGGGAAGACUUAAAGCAGUACACCAGCAUUGUUGUGUUUAUUUUCUAUUUCAAAGUCUCUGUAUUACACCCUCAGUAAAUGUUGGCCUUAGCUUUGUUGUCAUUGUUUUAAUAGGUUUUCCAGUAGUAUUGACUUUAUUUAUUCUCAGUCAUGUUAUUGUCAACAGUCGCUGGUUGGUGGUAGCUGCUGAGGUUAUACAUCAUUCCACUGUAUGGCAAUAAAAAGUGUUAUACUCCA